UUUCAAUGUUAAAGCUGAUGUGUGAGAUGAGGGGAGCAAUGUAUCCUUCUUUUAUUGUAUUGAUUGAUUGAUUUUGGUUAUACACCAAAUUGACCCAUAAUUGAUUACAAAAGAAGAAAAAUAAAAAAAAAAGAAGAAGUUUGGAUUGGAAUCCCUAAAAAAAUCGAUUGAAGCUUUAGGGAUCUCUGUCGGAGAUGGCGGAUGUUCUAAGGCAGCUGUUGGACAGUGGAAAGUUAUCAGACGAGGAGUGCCACUUGAUUCUGCGUGGAUUGGGUAAACAAAUCGACGAAUUGAAUUUAUCCAAAAAGAAACAGGACGAAGAAGAAGAAGCCUUUGAAUUGAAUUUAUCCAAAAACGAACAAGACGAAGAAGUGGUAGAAGAAGAAGACGAAGAAGAAGAAGAAGAAGACUUUGAAGUGCAUUUCAUCAAACACGAAGAAGGCUUUGACGUGUAUUUCUCCAAAAAGAAAGAAGAAGAAGAAGAAGAAAAAGUCGACGGAUGGACAUCUGAGGAAGAGGAAGCACCGGACGAAGAAUACUGUCGCCAAGUUGACGAAUCUCUGGGUUUCGAUAUUGAUGGCAAUGUUCGUAUCCCAGCAUCUGGACUCUCACCAGUCUUUCUUGGUGAUGAUCGUAAACCACGUAGCGAAGUCUCUCUUUAUGGCCGUUUGGGUGUUCACUGCUUCAACUUUGAACAGGGGAGGAAGUUGCAGUAUGUGCGCAUUCCCAAAUAUAAUAUCCAACUUCCUUACGCUAUGUCUUACCAUAUAACCGUCGAGGUGAAGGAUCUUGCUGAUGAUGAUGAUUCACCUCACACUUUUCAGACCUUGGCCACCAGAUUUUUCUCUAAGUACGGAGAAGACUUGAGAGUCUCUACCGUAUUUUGCAGAAUCAAACCCGACACACCUGUAGCGGAAGAACAUAUCUCUUUGCUGGAUAACCAUGCAGUUGAUAAGUUUUACAAAGGUUGUAUGCCCAACUUUGUCUCUGAAGCAGGAGCUGAUGAUGAUGAUGAUAAGCUGAGGUUCUAUGAGGUUCAGGAGCAGGACAUAUGUGAUAAUGAUUGGCUAUGUCUAUAUACUGAAUUUGCGCUUUUCUGUUUCUGGAGAUAUAAUGAGGACGGAUUUGAGUCUUGUUUGCCUGUGGAGAUCAAGAAGAUUGUUGUGGAAACUUGUGAAACUCAUACAGAGCCACGUCUUAAGCUCAAGUCGAGUAAUGCCAUCUUUCACAUUAACUUCAGCGCCAAGAGUCGCCACUACAAAUCGGUUGUAAGGAGAACCAUGGAUGGGAUUUCCGGACAUAUGGUUCUGGAAGUUAAUAGCUGGGUGAACGAUCAGCCAAGCUCUGCCUGAACCGCUUAAUUUACUAUUACCAAAAAAAAAAGAGUCCUGAAGCUAUUUACUAGUUUUCAUUGAUUACAAACGGCUUUAGUUUAGUUUUUAUCCGUUAACUUAGUUAUGCCUUAAGUCAUGGAUGUACUUUUGUUUUUCACCUCAGCUAAUCUUAUGAAGGUGUGUGUCUGUACACUCGUUGACAUUAUAUUAUGUAUUUAAUUGUAAUAAGUUUAUUGUUUUAGGA